CGGAGAGGAUCAGUGUUGGUGACUGUGGCUGGGCUUGAGAAGUAUUUGGUUUCUUCAAGCACUUGUCCAGUAUAGACGUUUAAAAAUGGCAUCCAAACAAGAAAUAAUGAGUGAUCAGCGGUUUACCCGAGUUACUAAGGACCCAAGAUUUUGGGAAAUGCCAGAAAAAGAUAGAAAAGUCAAAAUUGGCAAGAGAUUUCGAGCCAUGUUUCAUGACAAAAAGUUCAAAUUGAACUAUGCCGUGGAUAAAAGAGGGCGCCCCAUCAACCACAGCACUACAGAGGACUUGAAACGCUAUUAUGACCUUUCAGAUUCUGAUUCAGAUCUCUCCGAGGAAGACAGCAAAACAUUGAACCAAAAGAAAAUGAAGAAGAAAAAAUCCCAGACUGCAAAAGGAAUAAUCAAAAAUCUAUAUGAGGAGAAAAGGAAAAACAAAGAAACCAAGAAAAUUAAUCAAAAGGAUUCUGGAAAUAAACAUGAAUUAGAUAAUUCUGAAAGAAUUCAGAAAAUGAAAAAUUCAUGUAAGUCCAAGAAGACAUAUGCAAAAGAAAGUCCCAAGAAGGAUUGUGAAGAAUUUACACAAAAAAGUACCAAAGACAAAAAAGACAUUGUUCUGCAUAGUACUGACUUGUCUCUCAGAGAAAAACUAAGGACGGUAGAUGCUGGCAUCACUGAAACUGUAAAAUCUCCCAAGGUCAAGUGCUUUGAGACAAGAAGAGAAAUGCCGUCAGUGGUUCCUCUCAUAAUGGGAGGAGACAGUGAGGAAAACACAACAGAUGGUGAAACGUUUGAUAAAGAUGCUCCGGAGAAAGGUUCAGAAAGUGCUAGUGAAAUGGAAGAUGAUGAAGACUCUGAAGAUGAAAUAGGGGUUGGUAGCACUUCAGAUGAUGAUGGCGACAAUGAAGAUGAAGAUGAGGAAGAUGAGGAGGAUGCGGAGGAUGAAGAUGAAAGUGACAGUGGCCCUGACCUUGGGGGUAAAGGAAAUAUAGAAACUAGUUCUGAAGAUGAAGAAGAUAUGGCAGAUUUACUUCCAGAGGAAUCCGGUUUUGAGCAUGCUUGGAGAGAGUUAGAUAAAGAUGCUCCUCGGGCUGACGAGAUUACACGUCGAUUAGCAGUUUGCAACAUGGACUGGGAUAGACUAAAGGCAAAAGAUUUGCUGGCUCUGUUUAAUUCAUUUAAACAAGGGGGUGUUAUAUUUUCUGUGAAGAUUUAUCCUUCGGAGUUUGGAAAGGAGAGGAUGCAGGAAGAGCAAGUUCAAGGACCAGUAGAAUUAUUAAGCAUUCCUGAAGAUGCCCCUGAAAAGGACUGGGCCUCUAGAGAAAAACUGAGAGAUUAUCAGUUCAAGUGACUGAAGUACUAUUAUACAGUAGUAGACUGUGAUUCUCCUGAAACAGCCAGUAAAAUUUAUGAGGAUUGUGAUGGCCUGGAAUUCGAAAGUAGUUGUUCUUUCAUAGAUCUAAGGUUUAUACCAGAUGAUAUUGCUUUUGAUGAUGAGCCCAAGGACAUAGCCUCAGAAGUGGAUUUAACAGCAUAUAAACCAAAAUAUUUCACAUCUGCUGCAAUGGGAACGUCUACGGUGGAGAUCACUUGGGAUGAGACUGAUCACGAAAGAAUUACAACACUCAAUAAGAAGUUUAAAAAGGAGGAGCUUUUGGACAUGGAUUUUCAAGCCUACUUAGCUUCCUCUAGUGAAGAUGAAGAGGAGCUAGAAGAGGAGCUACAAGGUGAUGAUGGAAUCAAUGAAGAGGAUGGUGGGAAGACAAAGAAAAGUCAAAAAGAUGAUGAAGAACAAAUUGCUAAAUAUAGGCAGCUUUUGCAAGGUAUUCAAGAAAAAGAAACGAAAGGCAAAGAAAACAACAUGGAAAUGGAAAUUAAGUGGGUUCCAGGUCUUAAAGAGAGUGCAGAAGAGAUGGUCAAAAACAAAUUAGAAGGAAAGGAUAAACUGACUCCUUGGGAACAAUUCUUAGAGAAGAAGAAAGAGAAAAAAAGACUGAAAAAGAAGCAAAAGGCUUUUGCUGAAGAGACCAGUGAAGACGACCUUCCCUCCGAUGUUGAUUUGAAUGACUCAUACUUUGCUGAAGAAGUUAAAAAAACAGGUAUAAAGAAAAAAUCAAUGAAAUCUACAAAAUAUGGCACAUCUCCUGAGGAAGAAACUGAAAUAGAAAAACAAAAGGCUGAAAUGGCUUUGCUUAUGAUGGAUGAGGAGGAAGACAGCAAGAGACACUUCAAUUACAACAAGAUUGUGGAACAUCAGAAUCUGAGCAAAAAGAAGAAAAAACAGCUCAUGAAAAAGAAGGAAUUAUUAGAGGAUGACUUUGAGGUAAAUGUUAAAGAUGCACGGUUUCAAGCAAUGUAUACUUCCUACUUGUUCAAUUUGGAUCCCUCAGAUCCCAAUUUCAAGAAAACAAAAGCUAUGGAAAAAAUCCUUGAGGAGAAAGCUCGGCAAAGAGAACGAAAGGAACAAGAACUUACUCAGGCAAUAAUGAAAAAAGAGAGUGAGAUUCAAAAGGAAUCACAGAAGAAGCCCACUGAUCCUGCCUUGUCAAUGUUGAUCAAAUCUGUAAAAAACAAAACAGAGCAGUUUCAAGCAAGAAAAAAACAAAAAGUCAAGUAACUGGGUGUUACUUCUUUUUUUGUUCUCCUAAAAUAUACAGAAAUAGUGAAGGAAUAUUUACUGGGAACAAAAGUACCUUUCAAGAAUAUGAAUAAAAUCUUCUAUGACCAUUGUAAAAUUUUUACCCUAAAUAAUUGUUGGACCUAAUUGUGGAUGAU